AUGGCGUCCGUCUACUCCAUCCGAAAGCCUAUCGUCCCUCUCCGAUCUCGAUUGGGAUGUAAAACCUGCCGAAUCCGCAAAGUCAAAUGUGGACAAGAGAAACCACUUUGUGUGCGCUGCACAAGCACAGGCCGCAAAUGCGAGUAUGAUGCCAACCCGGUGUCCAAUACAUUCUCCUCAACUCCGUCGACCAAUUCCAUCCUGGACCGUUCCCUUUCGUCUGCCCCCAAUACGGUGUGGCGGGAGCGUCGCGCAUUCGCUUAUUAUUCCGAACAUGUCGCCUCUUUCAUGGCAGGAGAUUUAGAUCUCGGAUUCUGGCGCCAGACAGUUCCGCAAGUAUGUCGCAGGGAACCGGCUGUCUGGGAUGCCGUGAACGCCAUCAGCGCGCUGUUCGAGAGUCCCGAUCCAUGUCUAGAUCCAGUAUUCUUGCGUCGAAAUCCUGGGAUGUUUCGGUCUCUCGAUCAGAGCCACCAGGACGCGCUUACUUGGUACUCGCGAUCCUUAUCCACGAUUCGGGGCCAGAUUGACCGAGGGGCGGUCGACACGCACACGGCCUUGGUAAGCUGCGUGUUGUUUGUCUGCAUUGAGACACUACAGGGUCAUGUGGAAUCGGCAUUAGAGCUGUACCGACAGGGUGAAACCCUCGUCCUGAAUCUACUAAAUAAGGGUAUCGGGAGGGGUUUGUCCAUCGCGGAAACGACCUUUCUCAAGGAAACAGUCAUUCCUCUCUUCCUACGAUUAGGAACCAUCGCUCUCUCCAUUUCAGGUGUGCCACCAAGUCGUCUCAUCAGCACUUACGAUAUUAUGGUAGGAAACCAGUUUACUUCCCUCGACUCUGCCCGAGUGGCUAUUACGGCCCUUGUUUCGGAGGGCAUGCUUUUCCAGCGGGCCGCAGAGGUGCAUACUCUAGCUGUCGGUGGCGAGCAACACGUGGCCGAGGAAUUUAUUGCUCAACAGAAAACUCUGGUAUCACGAAUUGAAGACUGGCACUGUGCAUUCCAACGAUUCCUCACGUCCGCUUCAAAAUCACGGGAUAGCGCAGCUGCCAAUCUUCUGACAUACUAUGCCGCCACCAAAAUUGUUGUCUCGGUCUGUCUGGCAUCAGAUGAAGCAAUUUAUGAUGUGCAUAUAUCCGACUUUCAGACUAUUGUUGAUCAGGCUGAAAUAGUUCUGGAUGCUUCGGCCGGAUUGAAUGGUGCUCAGCCGCCAUUCACAUUCGAGAUGGGGGCAGGUUUGCCCCUAUUUUUAACAGCAAUGAAAUGUCGCCACCGUUCUAUCCGAGCAAAAGCGUUGCAGCUGUUGCGCAAAUCUCCCCAAAUCCAGGGAUUCUACAAAUGCACCCCUGGUGCGGCUUUGGCUCAAAAACUUGCAGAAAUGGAGGAGGUCAUUAGCAGUACUAUGCUAAACCCCGAGCAUCACACAGACGCAUUCAGUCCGGCCUCCACGAUCAUGGCAAAUGAUACCACCAGUGCCUUUAAUCUCCUCGGUCAUCCCUCGACAACGAAGCUAGAUUCGACAUAUUCAGAAAUACGCAAGACCCCUCCGUUGUCUCCAAAUAGCGUCUUUUCAAACCCGAUGAUCAUUCCCAACCAAGCUCGAAUUAAAUUCGUUGGCAUUUUUAGGCCGCAGGACACUCCAUGGCUCGUGGGGAAUCAUGACCUCUCAAAAUGGAAGCGAGGACCAGAUCAACUCUUCAUCAGAUUUAUGCGGUAUCGAUACGACACAACAAGUGGAUUGUGGGAGUGGGUUGACGAUGUCGUGCCGAUAGACUACUGA